CUGUGGAAACGGCAUUCAGCCAGAACAUCGGUUCCCUCCGCUGGUGAGAAGGUUUUAAUCUACACAACCAGAUUGCCUCCGAGACUUUCCAGUAUGGAUAAAGUGAUUUUGUUGCUUUUUGCUGUGUUUGCGGUGUUUCAAGUACAGGCCGCCCCAGAACUGUACAAACGGCUAUUCCGAGAAGAAGCGUUGAGAGACUUGUUCUACGAGCUGGAGAACCUACCACGGGAACGAGUCAGCAAUGAUUUUUUCGACGAACCAGCCAUGUCGCGCGAACGAUUACGGGAUGAACUGAGUCCAAGAGGCCUGUGCGUCGAUCACCUGGCCAGAUGCUUCCAAUACGUGACUCAAUGUUCAUGGUCCAGAAAUGACUUUCACCAAGUGUCCAACUUCAACAAAUUUCAUGAGACGUGCUGUGCAACAUGCAGUCGCUUCAUCAAGUAAUCACUGAGUUUUUUGGCCACGGUCGUCUAGGGCAUUGGGAAAAUCAACGUGUAAACACCUUUAAAAUCGUUGCGUAGCUGUAGUCACUGGAUCCGUUUUGUCUUCAGUGUAAUUACUGUGAUCAGUAAUCAGUAGUCCUAGAUUAAACCAAAGGUUAAUAGCGUUGUGUGAAAUCAAUAAAUGCAUUUUUCAUUUUUGAUUU